AUGAGCGCACCUACCACCAAGCCAACAGUAGUCCUGGUCCCGGGCUUCGCUAGUGUCGGCAGCGUUGUCUUCGAGCCCACCGUUAUCGCGCUGAAGAGCUUGGGCUGGACCGAUGACAAUCUGAUCACCGUCAACAACCCCACCGUGGAUCCGAUCGCAACCAAAGCUGAUCUCAGUCCACAUGGCCUGGCAGCGGACAUCCGCAACCUUCGCGGAAUAUUGACGAAACUUAUCGAAGAUGAAAGCCGCGACGUGCUGCUGGUGGGCCAUUCGUAUGGCGGCACUCCGUCAAUGUCCGCAAGCCACGAUCUUUGGAAGCACGUUCGCGAGACGCAAGGCAAACAGGGCGGCGUCAUUCAGAUUGGCUUGAUCGCCUCUUCGCUCACGCUGCCUGGUCAUUCUGUAGCCGUCGAUCGAUCACAAUGGCAGCAGGCGAACAACAUGCCGCCAGACGACGGGUCAGGAGUGGAGAUGAUCGAUGGUCUACCAAUCCUAGCUCCAACAGGUCUCGAGAAAUACUGGAUGAACGACAUCGAGGACGAGAAAUAUCUUACCUGCCUUCGACCUACUGCCCUGACCGGCGCCUUCAGCACUGUGGCGGAUGACAUCGAUCCAAAACAAUGGCGACUCAACUACCUCAUCCUCACGGAGCUGGAUCUCGCUAUGCCCGAGGGUCUACAGCAACACCUGAUCGACGGCGGAAGGAAGGCGGGCGCCAAGAUAGAGACGGCCAAACUGAAGUCUGGGCAUUUUGCGCAGAUCAGCCAUCCUGAGGAGGUUGCGAAGUGGAUUGCUGGACUGCAGUAA